AUGUCUGUUAAUGGGGAUAAUCGCAAGGGUGCCAAACGGAAGGAUCGCAAAGACAAUAAGCACGAGAAGCAGGGCGUCGAUGGCAAGGAGAAGAACGAGAAGAGGCGGAAGGCCGACAAGAAUGAUCACAACAAAAAGAAGAAGGAGGGUAGGCGCCAACAACUCGAUCGCAAUGACCACGACGAGGGCAGGCAGGGUGGCAGGCAAUUUUCCAUGUCGACGGAUGUUCCCUGUGGACCGGGACGGGGCGAGUGCCCUUCCAACAGACCUUGUUGCUCGCAGUGGGGCUACUGCGGGAACGAUGCCGACUAUUGUCUCGUCGGCUGUCAAGAAGCGUUCGGCCGAUGCCAUCUAGAUACACCGUCCUCUGAGGCCGAACCAACAGGCGCGAAGGCCCACCACCACCAUCACCACAGGAAAUCCCGACUGGGUUUCAAUCUCCAGGACAAGCGGCGGCAGUUCCCCAACCAAGACGGUCGACAAUUUCGAAUCCCAGCGACUACAACCAGCAACAAACUCCCGCCCAAUGGCACCCUUGUCAACAUUGCAUAUUUCCCAGGUUGGACCCAAUACCGCGGACAAGGACGAAACAAUUGUCACCAACGACCGUACCUCCCAUCGUCGAUCCCAUGGUCGUCACUGGACUAUGUAAUGUUUGCGUUUGUCUACUUUGACGAUUUCCACCAGCUCUAUCCUGCUGAUGCCAGCGACGAGGAUCUGUACUUUGAGAUCAAUCGGCUCAAGUUGGCGAGCGGAACGAGAGUGAUGAUCUCGAUUGGUGGGUGGAGUUUUACGCACCCGGACAACAAGCGCGAGGCGUCAACAAUGCAUCGGUUCGAAAAUAUGAUUCGGUCGCCAGACUCGCGGAGGAUGUUCAUUGAGAGUUGUAUCGAGUUUUGUCAGUUCUAUGGGUUUGACGGGGUGGAUAUCGAUUAUGAGUAUCCGGCGUACAAGGAGCGAGAGUUGGUCACGGCGUUGUUCAAGGAGAUGAGGGAGGCGUUUGAUAGAGAGGGGAGUGGGUUGGUGUUGAGUCUAGCGGGGGCUUCUUUUCAGGAGGGGAUUCAGGGGUUUGAGAUGGAGACGGUUGCCGCGUAUGCAGACUUUGUCAUGAUCAUGGCCUAUGUUCCUGAAUUGCUGCUAUACGGUAUGAGAACAAUGACAUGGAAUGUUGCUACACUGACGCAAUAUUACCUUCGUGUAGACCUGUACGGGGCGUAUGACGCAGUCAAGGUGGUGAACAUCCACACAGCACUGAUACAGAUGCCAACCGAGAAACACAGCGGCCACAGCGUCCAAGGCGCAAUUGAGAUGUACCUCGACCACGGCGUCCUCCGCAACAAGAUCGUCGUCGGCCUCGCUCUCUAUGGAAAAACAUUCAUCCUCUCCGAUACCCAGCAUUCGCUUCCUGGAAGGGCGACAUUCAGGGAUGGAGGCGAUCCGACAAGUUGUAUCGAAACCCGUGGGGAUAUUGCGUACAACGAGCUCGCAAGUCUGAUCCAUCCUCCAAACGAGCAACAUCGGCCAAAAGUGAUACCUCUGUGGGACAAUGACGGCAAGGCGUUUUAUUUCGUGUACGGUAACCGACAGAACAACUGGGUCGGGUAUGACGAUCGUCCGAGUUUGGAUCUGAAGCUGCAGAUGGUGACAGAGUUGGAUCUUGCGGGCGUGAUGUGGUGGAGUUUGGAUCAGGACCUGGAUUCGACGAGCGACAUGACCGCGAUGUGGAGCAGAAAGAGGACGAAAGGGAAGGAUGGGAAGAAGAAGCAUUCGAAAAAGAAGAAGGCGGGUUCGGUUCAAAGGAGAGCUAUUCCUCAAGCUCCGUAUAAUACGCCUAUAGCCGAACAUUCCCAUUGGGAAGCUGGUGUUGAAGGUUCUCGGGUCCUUGAACCAGUACAAGCAGUCGAACAAGCGCCGUCGGUCGUAGACAUUUCUGUCGAAAGCUCUAGUACUGCAGAUCCAGCGCAUGCUGUCGAACCGCCACAGGCUGUCGGCCAAGCAACUUUCACAGCUCCUGAAACGAUCGCAGAGCAAGGUCCAGGCGCAGUCAAGGUCGAGGCAGCGACAGACCGCAGUCCAGUAGCAGCACUGACCACUCUUCAAUUGCCUGCGGCCCGUCCUAUCGCCGCAGUAUCAGUAGUACCAGGAGCUUGUCCUCAGCCAGCGACAACACCACCGCCUGCUUCACUGGCAAUCAUCCCUCUCGAAUCACUUGGAAGACCGGGUCUGGUGCCCUAUGUUGCCUCCAAACGCAAGCGAUGCCCUGUUGUUGUCAAGUACCCGGUCGUCCUUCCUGAGUCACCUGUUGGAAAUACGGUUGUCAUCAAGUGUGUUGUCCCGCCAGGCUGUCCAGAGACAUGGCAGGCUUAUACCUGUCUGUCAGCUGGAGAUUGGAGCGCACCCAGUCCUUGUUACGGCAAAGCUCAAUUAUCACCGUCGCUGUACUUUUACGGAGAGCUGGAGCUGGUCCGGACCCAGAGUCGUGAUCGUAAUAUUGACGAUGGCAGUCGAAGUGCAAGCAGCGCAGGCAUGGGUCCAGGCACGGAGGGCACGGGCACGGGUACGAGCAAGAUACGCGCACAGAUUGGGCUGACCCGACCGCAGUACAUUGAAGAGUAUCAGAAGUUGGCCGAGUUGCAAAAUUUGCUGGGCAAGGCUAAGGGCAAGGAGGGCCAUAGGAUUGGUAGGAAGAAGAAGAAAGACAGGUCACCACAGAAGGAUAGGAAGAAAAUGAUGAAGAUGAAGGCCAUCAAUGUCAAGGAUUGA